AUGCAUUCGAACACCCGAUUCCGACUGGUUUUACUGGCAAGCGCGGCAGCCUUCAGCACUGCGAGCGCCUACAGUGGAUACGGGACAGUCUACGGUCCGAUUGAGCCGUCCGGCGGCAACUGCAACCUUCAGUCCUACCCCAAAGAAGCAGUGACCAACUACGCGGCGCUCAACCGAGUGCAAUGGGACAGCACCAUGAACUGCGGCCGCUGCGCGAAAGUGUGGUGCACCGACGCUCAGUGCGAGAACCCGUCGAGUUCGUCCGAGAUCGUGUACAUCAUUGACCAGUGUCCGGGCUGCGAGGAAGGCGAUCUUGAUCUCUCGCCGUCGGUGUUCGAGGCCAUUACCGGCAUGGAAUACACGAAGCUCAAGAUCGAAUGGGACUACGUGACUUGCCCGAGCACCGGGUCAAAUCGAAUCCAGUACUGCUUGAAGGAGGGCAGCAGUGGACACUGGGCUGCAAUCCAGCCAACGCACAUGUCUGCAGGCGUCGACUCCGUUCUGAUCAACGACAGGCCUACGACAAUGGUGGCGUCUUCCUACUACUUCCUUCUGACAACGGAGACUGAUCAACUCCCUCUGCCCGAUAUUUCGAACCUGAAAAUCACCAUGACAAGCAUCGCGGGCGAGGUCAUCGAAGACGUCGUGUCCUUUGCAAACGCAAAGUGCGUCGAAGUCGACUCGCAGUUCACUGCCAGCGGAAGCAUUCAAACUGAACCGGAAACCACGAGUGUAUCUUCGACGAAGAAUGCCCCGACCGAAGCAUCGACUGAUGCCCCAACUGAUGCCCCAACUGAAGCACCGACUGAAGCACCAACGACUGCUCCUCCGACAGACGCACCAACCAGUAUCCCCCCAACAGAAUCUCCGACGAGUGCUGCUCCUACAAAAGCUCCGACACCAGCUCCUCCGACGGAAGUCCCGACGAGUGCUGUUCCGACAGAGCCUCUGGCGACUGUUGCUCCGACUGAAGCUCCAGUUAUGUCGAGCUAUAAUCCCACAGAUGCCCAAACGAGUGCUUCUCCAACGAAUUCUCCCACGAGUGCGUAUCCGACCGAGGUGGCAACGAAAGCACCUUCAAGCGAAGCUCUGGCGAGCGUUAUUCCAACAGGAACCCGGGCGAGUGCUGUUCAAGAGAGCACUGCAGCGUCAGAAUCCUCGGCAAGUGUCGAUCAGGCUGGUGUGGUAUCGACGGAUGCCUCGACGAGUUCUGCUCAAGCGAGCGCUACAGCGUCAUCAUCGGCAAGUGUCGAUCAUGCAGGGGUGGUAUCGACGGAUUCCCCGGUGGGUGCUGUUCACGUGAGCGCUGCUUCGAUGGAAACCCCGACAAGUGCAUCCCAAACGAACGUCGCGACAGCGGCACCAUCAACGACCGCUGCGAAUGCCGCUACAAGUGCUCCAUCCGUCGCCCCAACGGACGCUCCAGCGAAUGCGGCAGCUUCUUCAUCAAGCAGUCAUUCGUCCGCCGACAACACCGUGAUUGGUGGGCCGACCGAGUCGAUCAGCACUCAAGAAUCCUCGGGAUCAGGACCCACUAUCAUCAUCAGCGUUUUCGCUGUGCUGGGAUGCCUCUUCGUCAUUGUCGUCUUCGUCAUGUACAUCGUCAUCAAGAAGAAGCAGCAGCUGAACGAGCUGCUGGGGCAAGAGAAAACGUCCGACGUCUCUCGCUACUCGUGCGAGAGCGACUUCCAAACCAACAUCCCCAUGGACGAGCACCUAGCUUUCCCGUACGCUGCAGCAGCCACCCCUCAGCCCGUCAGCUCCACCAGCAUCUAA